CUAACAGGUUUUUUCACAGGUCUCAUUAUCCUGGAGUCGGGCGAAAAUAGAAUGCUCCACAAAAGAUUUGACCAAAUUUGAAAUGGAAUGUAAACUCUAUGCAGCCUUGCAGUUGACUAAAUCAAAGCCCUGUGCAAGUUCUGGGAUUUGGCCACAAAAACAGAUUGGGGUUUGGUUCCACGGGAGUUUAAUUCAUAUGGAGCCCGGAGAGUUAAUGAUGCUGUGAUGACACGAGGGACUUUUGCAAAUAUGAAGCUUUUUAAUAAGCUUGUUGGCAAAACUGGGCCCAAAACUAUCCAUUUACCAACAGGACAAACUAUGGAUGUCUUUGAUGCUGCAGAACUUUAUGAAAAAUCAGAAAUUCCCCUCAUAAUUAUAGCUGGGAAAAAGUAUGGACUUGGUAAUUCCAGAGACUGGGCUGCUAAAGGACCAUUUUUGCUGACUUGUCAAUGCCAAUGAGACCACACAAUCCACUGCUGAUACCUGUAUGAAGUCCAUUAGAAUGGAUCUCUUUGUCCAUGUUUCACUAAUUCCAGCAGUUCUCAUCACAGUUCUUUUAUCCUAUGUACAACGCCGAGCAAGUCUUUUGAAAACCACAGAUAAGCUUCCAUUGAGCAAGAAAUUUGGAAUUGUUGUGCCAGUGAACUUUAUAAGUAGCUACUCAAACAGAUGGUCAUUUGGAGCUGCAUGUGGGGCAACAGCUACAACUGUUUUUCUUCUUUUCUUCAAUGAGUAUUCAAACUACUUCAACUUUACUGCUCCACCCUGGGCCAAAGCUCUUGUUUAUCUACUGUCUGCUCUCGAGGUUGCUAUGGAUUAUUACCCUUUCUUUGCCUGUCUAUCAACUGAAAACAGAAUUCUUGGUUCAUCCCUAGGAUUCUGCUACGCUGUCUGCUGGUUUUGUGUGCAGUUGGCUGAUAUGUUUGAGUGCCAGAAGAUAACUCAGGCUUCAACCAUCCUUCUCCUCACUCCUGUCCCAUCUCUAGUUUGCUGUCUGUUUCUGAUUGGAAGAUUUCUGCACAUCUUAGUGAAAACUAUGUUGGCUCUUCGCAGACCUGAGGAGAAACAGGAACAUGAGGAACCAUUACUGCCAAAACAUCUCACACACUACUUGAAUUACCUCCUGAAAGGCUUUCCUGAAAUAGAUUCAAAGAGGUGUUGGCUGAAACAGAAGAUUUAUACAUUUGACCCAAGUUUUAAGUUUCCAACCAGGAUGAUUGUAACAGCUGUGCUCUGCCUCAUUUGUUUGUACAAUUUUUUUUUAGUAGAUUUGUUUGUUUCACCCAAAGCUGUAAAGGGCCUGGAACAUUGGGCGCUCAUAACAAUAAACCUAUCCUAUGAAAACCGGACUAUAUGGGUCUUAAAUUUGCUGAAAGAUAGCUGGUUUUAUGCAACUUUCCCAGCUGCUUUUACAAGUGUUAUUUACAUCUUGCACUUACUAUCCUGCUACAGGAAACAAAUGAAAAAACUUUAUAAAGGCACCUCAGACAUUUCACGUCAAAGUAAACCUCCAGUCAUUCUGGCAGCUAGCAUUCGAUACACUGGGAAUCAGAUUGCUUACUUGCUGUGGGGAUAUUUCCUUCUGCACAUUCUGUUCUUUUUGAUUAGUCUGAUGAUCACUUUCUGGUUCAUAAUCCCUAUACAAGAGGGGAGGGGAAUAAUAAUUCUACAAGGCCUAGGAUAUACAGUACUGGGUAUUGUGAUCAUGGUAGGUGUCAUUGUAAUACAGAUUUUGGCAUCUCAGUUCUUCUUCCUACAAGAUAAAAUCAAUCCAAAGGACAAAAGCAAACCACUGGCCAUCAACAACAGGAGAGCCUUUCAGAACUUCAGCUAUUUCUUCAUGUUUUAUUCUGCAAUCCUUGGCUUUGGAGCAUGUCUAAUCCGUAUAAUGCUUAACGUAUUCCUGGGGAGCUGGUUACUUGCUAGGAUCGAUCGCCCACUCUUUCCAAGAGGUUAUGAGGGUGCAGAUAUGGGAUACAGCACUUGGAUUGGCAUGCUCCUGGUUGACUUUCACCAUACCAACCCCGUGGCCCUGUCCUUUUGUCAUCUACUCUUACAUGAUUUGUCAACCAGUAAACAGCUAAAAAGCACAGAUGCACUCCAUGAUUGCAAGAAAAAACAGAGAAAAAUAAAAUGGCACUUAGCCUAUACUUUGAUUAACAACCCCGUGCUGAUCCUAAGCCGGAAGCAACACAACUGCUCCUCUAGCUCUUUGUCCCUAAGGCAGCAAAUGUUAGAAAGAAUAAGGAUUUGUGCUGUUCACUCCCACUUCCACAAGCAGACACUGGCACUGGCAGACAAUGACACAGAGGCAUCAACUACAGAAAGUUUGGGUGAGGGCAAUCAGAUCUAAAUGUUCAUAAUAUGAGCAGACAAUGAGAUGGUCAGUAGUAGGAAUUGGGAGCAGGUCCAUGUACAGCUUGCUGGAAAACAAACCGAAGGGGCUAUUUAGCAAAAGGGAUACGUGCACAAAAUUGGAACAAAAGUAUUGCAAAAAAUUUUGUUUACUGCAUUCUUUCCUAAACAGUUUUUGUAAUAGGUAUAUGUCAAUAAUAUUUGCAUUCAUUUCUGCAAAUUAUAACACUAUCUUUCACUGGCACAAAGACACUAUGUCAGGCUAUAUGAAGAUAGUUGCAGUAAACUUGUCUGGUACGUGAACACUAUAUUGCUAUAAGUGGCAUUUGUAAUGCAAUAAAUAUUAUAUAAACGGCUUGAGACAUGACAGAUGAAGAAGGGAAAGUAUAACAAUGGGAUGGCCAGUGGUUAUGCAUGUAGCAAAAGUUAAGACAUUUGUAUUUAAACAAUGUUUUUUUUUUUUUAAAUAAAAACAUGGUGUCAGCUUUCCUAAAUCACCCUGCAUUAGUGGCAGGAUUAAUUUCAACUCUUGCCCAAUGUCAGUGCUCACAUUUGCACAUCUUUCCCAUUGACAGCCAUGGGUGCAGUAGGGAUUUCAAGUGCUUUAGCGCCAUGUUUUAUACAGGAAAUAUAUGACAAUGAAAAGGGCCAGAUGUUGCUAUGUGUGCCAUAAGCAGAUGGCCUAUUUAUUCAUAGUUUUAAAUAGACACAGUGAUUGCUAAUGCACAGUAGAUAUUGUCCAUUGUCAUCUUAAUAGUAUUGCUACACACACCUCUCAUAUAAGCAGCCAAAUGAAGCCUUACUCAUAUUUUCUUAGUGUAUCUUUGUUUUAUCAGUCUGUGCACUAUAAUUAUAAUCUUAUCAACACAUGCUAAAAAUAGUUUCUUAUUUGGAUAGAGAUGCACUAAAUCUUUAUAUAUUUAAAAUGCUCACAGCCUUGUUUUUGUUAGACCAUUACUUUUGCUAAGAAGAGGCAGAUGAAUACCAGAAAUGACACUCCAACAAGCCAAAUAUGAAGAAAUACAACUGGUUCUAAACCACUUGACACAUUACCAUUAUUUUUAAGCAGAAAUAAACCCACUGUGUUUUGUCAGUAGUAUCACUAUAUUUUAAAAUUCUACGUUGCAAAAUAAUUAAUAUGCUGUACUUUUAAUAAAAACGUGUGUUCUCUGAUGCAUGAUCUGUUACAUAAACAAAACACCCGGUCAUUCAGUUUACAGUUUAGCUUUAAAUCAUACAUGUUUCAUGGCUUGGGCUAAAUAAAAGUGGAAGUGAAAUAAAGACAUUCUGGAAGCGUGGAAUAAAUGUGCAGAAUUCAUAAAGAAACUUUGUGCUGAACCAAUACAGUUUUGUAGAUAAUGUCAUGUUUCUUAUAAUAUCUAUUUUACAAUUUUAAGGGCUCUCAUGCACAAGUGUUUUGUCCUGUGUUCCCUUGCAAUGGUUUUUUAUGUGCACACCAUAAGUAAAUACAUGAAUUUGCGCAGCCCAGUGUUUUCUAUAAUGUCCAUAGUCACUGCACCUCACAGAACAUUGAAAGCAGCAAGUUGCAAAAACUUUUUACUGUGUUAAAAGUCCCAAAAGGGAACAGUCACUUUUAGUUUUUGAAUUUUGAUGUUGUGACUAUUUGUUAUUCUGUUUGGCUCCAUAGACUGAUUCCUAGAAUGUUACUUAUAUUGGCAUUUGUCUUGUACUUUUCAAUAAAGACAAUUUAUUGAAAUA